UGUUGUAGCAAAACUGUAAACAAAGGAUGUAGGAAAUGUCAACGAAAAAACUAAAAACAGGUGUUAACAGCCUUCAGCGCACAAUCCCAAAACUCGUUUUCAAAGUGUUUUCGUUGUCAGUCAGAACAUGGUAUAACUAACUCAUAUGACAUGUUACAGGGUCUCUUUUCGCGUAUACGUAAACUAUAAUUUUGAUCAGCAACGCAGCCAUUCAAUUAAAUAGAAUAGGGGUAUUCUCGAUCCGAUGCAUACUGUCUAGCAUGGUGCAUAGAUAGCAUAAAUAGUAUGAUUGGAUACUUUUGUUGUUGUUUCAUGUGUUAAAAUAUUAUGAAAUCUUUGCACCCUCAUGCUACUAUGAACCUGGUGUUAUUUUGAUUGCAUGAUAUGGUAGCAUACUUUUUGCAACCCUGUGUCAGCUGUCUUCUCAUUUGUAAACAAGCAUAAAGUUGGAUAAAGAGUAAGUAGUUUUAAUUCAUUUUACUAUUUUGCAACAAUUUAUCGUUUUAAUUUUUAGAAAAUGAGCGAUAUUACGCGAAAAAGAUCGGUUGCAAGGUUACAGCCAAUAAAAAAGUGGCAGGCUCGAGAGGUGGAGCUCAUCCUGGACUUUCUUGAAGAGGAGCCCAAGUUUGAUUUCCAACUGCACAAAUGUUUUAUACAAAAUUUAUUGAAAAGACCCCCAUAGAGGCUACCCCUGAGCAGGUGCGCUGGAAGGUGCGCCACCUCAAAUCGCUUUACGUAAAAGCCAACGAUUCGCUGAAUUCAACUGGAGCUGGCGUACUUGAAGGAGAAGAAUCCAUAGAAGGUAAAAAUAGGCAGGAUACUCAAAAUAUGUCCACAUAUAGGCGUCUCCAAAAUAUAUUUGAGCCACGAGGCAUAGCACUACGGGCGCCACUGCUAGUGACAGAAUCACCAUCGACAGAGCUACCAUGGCUAUCAACAGAACCACCAUGGAUAGAAUUACCAUCAACUGAAUCACCACCAGCCAUAGCGACAUUGGCAUCCGUUUCACCAACACUGUCAUCAACUAUUACACAGUUAGUUGAAAGCGAAGUUCCUUCACCACGUUCGCCAUCGUUGCCAGUUGAGGAGGCACUAAUCCCAAGCUCAUCCACACCAAAGCAAUCAGGGAAAACUAAAGCACGACCAAGAUCUGCUAUGGGACAAUUAGCUACAAUUCAAAAGGAAAGAAUGCAGUUUGAAAGUGAAAAAUUAAAAGUUAAGAAGGAGGCAGUUGACAUAGAAAAGAAAAGAUUAGACAUAGAUGAAAAGAGAGCAGAAAAUGAUAAAUAUUUCCGCGAAAAAGAAUUAGAUUUCAAAUAUAAAGAGCUGGAAAUGAAGGAACGUAUUGCGAAAUAUGAAAUAGAUAAAAAAUAUGGAACCUAAAAGUGUUAAAUGUAGUAUUGGAUAAAUUUGUUUUUAUCUCUUUGUUUA